UUGAGAUCGAAGAGCCAGUUCCCAGAUGUGUCUUCCUUUUGCUGCGAAGAAGGCAGGGCUGCCUAGCCUGGCUGCUGGGACUGUGGCCUGCGCUGCUUCCUUCUCGGCGGAUUCUGGGAAAGGAGGCCAGAUAAAACCCAGGACGCAUGGAGCCAAGCGACAUCGGGGAACAGGGAAGGACACACAAGACGGAAGAAGUGGCAGGAGUUUGCUUUUGCCUGAAGCGACUGGGAAGGGCGAGAUUCUGCCCACUUCUCCUCCACAGCUGAGUUAAUCGAAUGCUUUUUGAAUCUGAACUUGGCUUGCAGCAAUUGAAGUUGAGGACAAAGGGGAAUGCAGAUGAAAAAGUGGGAUGGCAGAGGAUGAACCAGGUGAACUGCAUCUUUCUGGGAUCUGGUUUGAUUCACAGGGCCUUUUCGGUUUUCCUUGAUCGCUUGAUUGUGGCUUGUUCUAUCUCCUUCUGGUUAUCGGCUCCGCAGGGGGAGCGCCAGCCGGAGAAAGGAGAGGAAGGAGAUUUGAGGAGUGAGCGAAUGAGGGGGAAUUCCCCCAAGAAGGAUCCCAGCAGCCGCCUUCCUUGAAGGUAUCCUGGCACACCUUGGCAGCAUCUCCUACGUGCAAAUAAGACACAGACCCUUCGGAUGGCAAAGGCGGAUGGCUGGUCUUUGGUGAUUCUCCGUCCGAAGGAGGCAGAAGUUGGCGCAGCUGACAGAAAAGGCAGGUCGGAGCCAUGCUUCUUGUCGAGGGGGGAGAGGCCCCCUUGAUCCGGAGCCAAACCCAGAGCCUCUCCUCUGGCAGAUCAGGACUCCUCCAGGUCUACCUUUACCACCGGCCAAACUCCCCUCAAAUGGCCCCCGAAACCUCCGACAGCCUCAUCUUCGCUUCAGGGGAAUACACAGCAGAAGAGUUGUGUGUUGCUGCCGCCAAGGCAAGCGGCAUCCUUCCCUUCUGCCACUUGCUCUUCUCUCUGGCCACGGAGGACCUUUCCUGCUGGUUCCCCCCAAGCCACGUCUUCACAGUGGACAAGUCCUCUUGCCAAGUGGUCAUCUACAGGAUCAGGUUCUUCUUCCCUGAUUGGUUCGGACCAAGAAAAUCGUUCUGCUGGGGGCUGACAUGCAACCAAGGGAGUCCGGUCCUGGAUGGUCCAACAAUGGAUUAUCUCUUUGCCCAAUCCCGCAGUGACUUUCUCCGGCAGCAGCUGGAGGGUCCCCUGACGCUAGAGACCCAGGAGACCUGCCUCGGUUUGGCCAUUCUGGACAUGCUGCGGAUUGCCAAGGAGAGGAAACAGAGCCUGGCAGAGGUCUUCAGGGCUCUCAGCUACAAGUCGUGUCUCCCAGAGGGUCUGCGUUUCCAGCUCCAGGCCCAAGGCUUCCUCACCCGCAAACGGAUCCGGCGCCAGUUUGGUCGGUCCCUCCGCAAGGUCAGCCACCUCCAGACGGAGGUCCAGUUCCUGAAAAUGAAGUACCUGGCGGAGCUGGAGGGCCUGGAGGGGUCCAUCCCAGAGGAGACCUUCCUCACAAGGAGACCCGGGCACGGGCCGAGAGAGUCCGAGUGGCUGGUCCAUGUCUCAGCUGAAAAAGGGAUCUUGACCAGCCAGAAGGGCAGCCAGGACCCUCCCCAUCCAUUCAGUGAUUUCCCUGACAUUGCUGACAUCGCCAUCAAGCAAACCAGCCGAGAUGAUUUGCCCGGGGAGAACCACAUUGUCAGCGUGACGAAGACGGACAACCGGGUCCUGGAGAUGGAGUUCCGCAAUUUGCCCGAGGCCUUGUCUUUCGUCUCACUCGUGGAUGGCUAUUACCGAUUCCUGGUCGACUCAUACCACUAUUUUUGCAAGGAAGUGGCUCCACCCCGGCUCUUGGAGGACCUGGCCAGCGGGUGCCACGGCCCCAUUACGGCAGAGUUUGCAACUGGGAAGCUAAAAGCCCAGGAGCACAAGGGGGGAGCUCAUCUCCUUCGACGAAGCCCAGAAGAUUUCGACAGCUACCUGCUCACCAUUUGCCUUGAGAGCCCCAUAGGGAAGGACUUCAAGAACCUGAUGGUCCAGAAGAACAAGGAUGGGACCUUCUCCAUGGCCGGGGUGGCCAAGAAGUUCCUCAGCCUGCAGGAGAUGCUGGGCGUCUGCCAGCGCUUCACCCUCCAGGCCGACCGGACAGCCAUCCACCUGGGCACCUUUUGCCCCCCGCGGCCCCAAGAGAAGUCCAACCUGCUCAUCGUCCGCGGAGGCCAUUCCUGCGUCCAGCUGCCCAACUCUCCUUCGGCUCAACUCCGCCGGGGCCUCAACCAAAUGGUCUUCCACAAAAUCCAGGCAGAGGACCUGGCCCAGUGUGAAAGCCUGGGCCAAGGGACCUUCACUCGGAUCUACCGUGGGGUGAAACGGGACCCAAAGGAGGACGAAGGCUUGGAGGAAGAUGGGUCCUCCGAGAGUCACCUGGUGGAAGUUGUGAUGAAAGUCUUGGACCAGAGCCACUCCCAGUGGGUUGAGCCCUUCCUGGAAGCCGCCAGCUUGAUCGGCCAGCUGUCCCACAAGCACCUGGUCCUGCUCCACGGCGUCUCCAUUGGGGCGGAAAGUGAGUCUGCCUCCCCUGAAAAAGACAUCAUGGUCCAGGAGUACGUCCGGCACGGCGCCCUGGACACUUACUUGCGGAGGAACAAAGCCACUGGGAAAGUGACCACCAUGUGGAAGCUACAGGUGGCCAAGCAGCUGGCCUAUGCCCUCAACUUCUUGGAGGACAAGAGGAUCGUGCACGGCAACGUCUCGGCCAAAAAGGUCCUCCUGGCCCGUGAAGGGGAAGUGACAUCUGGGCGCCCGCCUUUCAUCAAACUCGGGGACCCAGGAGUCCGUACCACCGUUCUGACCCAAGAGGUCCUGAUGGACCGCAUCCCUUGGGUGGCCCCCGAAUGUGUCUGGGACCCCAAGAGCCUGGUGCCGGAGUCGGACAAGUGGAGCUUUGGUGCCACUUUGUGGGAGAUUUUUAAUGGCGGCAACAUGCCGAUCGCCGCACUGGAUCCCAAAGCGAAACUCCAGUUCUACCAGGACCGCCAACAUCUGCCCCUGCUGCACUGGACGGAAAUGGCCGACCUGGUGGCGCAGUGCAUGGAUUACCAACCCCAGCGGCGCCUGCCCUUCCGCACCGUCCUCCGUGACCUCAACAGCUUCAUCACCUCCGAUUACGAAUUCCUUUCGGAGGUCUUGAGCACCAGCGGCUUUGGGGGCCAUAUGGACUCACCAAUGGGCCCCGAUCCCACCCUCUUCGAAGAGCGGCACCUCAAGUACAUCUCAGUUCUGGGCAAGGGAAAUUUCGGGAGCGUGGAGUUGUGCCGCUACGACCCACUGGGCGACAGCACUGGGGAGCUGGUGGCGGUCAAGCGGCUGCAGCAGAGUUCAGCUGAACAUCGGAAGGACUUCGAGAAGGAGAUCUCCAUACUCCGCUCCCUCCAUCACGACUUUGUGGUCGCCUACCGCGGCAUCUGCUACAGCCGGGACUCCUUGGGCCAGAGCAGUCUCCGCCUGGUGAUGGAAUACCUGCCCAGCGGUUGCCUGCGGAACUACCUGCAGAAGAACCAGGAACGGCUGGAUCACAAGAAGCUCCUGCUCUACGCUUGGCAGGUCUGCAAGGGCAUGGAUUACUUGGGGUCGCAACGCUACAUCCACAGAGAUCUGGCCGCCCGAAACAUCUUGGUGGAGAAUGAAAACCGGGUCAAGAUCGGGGACUUUGGUCUGGCCAAGAUCCUGCCCCAAGGAAAGGAGUACUACGUGGUUCGGGAACCGGGGCAGAGCCCCAUAUUUUGGUACGCUCCGGAGUCUCUUUCCGACAGUGUCUUCUCCCCGGAGUCCGACGUCUGGAGCUUCGGAGUCGUUCUCUACGAACUCUUCACUUACGGCAGUAAGAGCCGCAGCCCUUCGGAGGAAUUUCUCCGCUUGAUGGGAUCCUGGAGCCUUCCAUCAGUUGCCUGCCAUCUUCUGCAAUUGCUGAAGGAAAACAAGCGCCUUCCCAUCCCGGCCGGAUGCCCCAUUGAGGCCUUUGCUCUGAUGCAAUCCUGCUGGUCCUUUGCACCGAGCCAGCGGCCCCGAUUCUGCAAAAUGGCCACCCAAAUUGAGACCCUGAGGGACAGCCGCAGCAAAGCAAGAGGCUAAGAGGAAACAGGCGCGGAGGAUAUUUCAUAGCCUUAGGAGUUUGUGUUGUUUUUUCUUUCACAUCGCGCCUUCUUUCCAACUUGGAAUUUGGAGGUCUUUAUUUAAUCAGAGGCUGGAUGGCCAUAUCUGUCAAUGGGGAUGCUUUGAUGGAGAGUUCCUGCAUGCAGAAGAAGAUGAAGAAUGGGGUUGGACUUUUUAGGGUCUCUUCAUGGAAGUAAAUUCAAGGAGUCCCUGCAAAUUUGUCUCCUGGGAGAAUUGUAAUGCAAACCGGUCUAAAACAAAACUUGGAAAGUUCGUUUUUAAUAAAGGAAUUCAUUCCCAUUACUCUCUGUAAAAAACAGUUGUAUUCUUUACUCAUGACAAUGUUUUUUAACAGUAUAAAUGUGUUGCAUUUU